UGCAGUUUGAUAGACGAGUCAAAGAAGCCGGCCCCAACGGGUUUAAAAUUUUGCUACGAAUGUUAAGGUGUCAGUUUUGCCCACGUGGAAGCUUCUAGGGCCGUUGAUCCCAAUCUCACCAAGCAAUUCCCUUGAUUAGGGCAAAGUAAUUACUGCAAAUCAACAUGCCUUCAACUUAGCUGUACCCAAUGGAUCGGUCUGUGUUUCUUUGAGGUGGGUCCCACAAGUCAAUCCGCUUCAACGCAGGGUCAGGUAAUGGGUGUAUUGUUAGCAAGUAACCAUUUGAAAUUUACUAUAUUUGGAAGUAAGAAAUGAAAGGAGUCUCAGAAGAUUAAAAAUAGAAUAAUUGGGAGGAAUCGCCGCCCGCUCCGAUUCGAAACUCCACCGACGGACGCUGCCUGGAUUCCUCCCCGUCCCUCUCCUUCCUGGCCGCCAGCAUUGGCACAGGAGGAGCCGGGGAAGGAGGAGGCGCUCUUUGCGCUUGAAGCAUCGUGUCCCGUGUGAGCUACGGCUGACAAAGGGGCUCUUUUUUCUGUGCCUUUUGUCGGAAUCCAUGGAUUUCGAUGAGUUUGCGGUGGCAGCGGAGGGCGGUGCAGGCGUCGGAGGAGAGGGGUUAUUUGUACGUACUUUCUCCAUGGGGCUUUCAACUUCCAAUGACCCUCGCCUGUCUCUGCGGCGGAAGCUGCGCGCCAGGGGAGCCGACGCGUCCGCCGGCGUCGCCAGAGUCGAGAUCCGCAACGAGGCGGCGGCCUUGCGAGAUGCCAUCCUCAGCCACCAUCAAACGAUCCAGAAGCUGCAGUCUGAGCUGAAGGAGGAGCGGAGCGCCGCGGCGUCCGCUGCGCAGGAGGCCAUGUCUAUGAUCGUCCGCCUCCAGCAUGAGAAGGCGAAGGCCAUCUUGGAGUCCCAGCAGUUCAAACGCGUGACGGAGGAGAAAAUGACCCACGACCAGCAGGAGAUCUCCAGCCUCGAGGACCUCCUAUUCAAGCGAGAGCAGGCGAUGCUGGCCCUCUCCUGCGAGGUACAGGCCUACCACCACCGUCUCCUUAGCUACGGAUUUAACAUCGACAGUGAUGCCGCGCCUCCCUCGGAGCCGCAGACACCUGAUUCGGCGUCCUCUGGCGAUACUCCACGCGAGCACCUCCAGAAGCUGGAACAGCGCAUCUUCCAACUCGAGCAAACACCAAGCAGCAGAUUUGGGAAUGUCAUGGAAAAGGCAGUCAUGGUGGCGCAUUCGCCACAAGGCCGGUCUAGGCAUCUCAGGAAUAUCUCAUGUGGGAGCUAUCGAUCCAUCCUGGAAUUCAACAAGGCAGACGAGUUCCAAGCAUCAAUUGAUGGCGCACCAGAUUACGAUAAUACGAAUGACAGAGUGUAUACAGUGGAUGCAGUGCACAGAGCUAGCAAUGACUAUGUCAGCACACCAAGGGAGCUUCAGAACAGGCGAUUUCAGAUGGGUGGUGGUGUUGAAGAAGUAGAAAUAAGCAAGCUUCAGAUGAGGCUGCAAGUACUUGAAGCCGAUAGCAAAUCGAUGAGACACUCUCUGACUUCCAUCUGCAUGGACAAGAUGCAAAUGGUUACACUGAAAGAGAUUGCUCGGCACAUGUGCAAGGAAGGGUCUGCAGAAAAGCGGAUCAUAAACAAACCAUCCCUCAAGGGUUCUUCCCUAGCAAUCACCGAGAGUGUCGUCUCAUUUUUCAUAUUCUGGAGAAAGAAGUCACCUCAAAUCAACAGGUAUGCGUUCGGGAUUACAUUGGGCACUGCCUGUCUGCUGCUUCUAGGCAAGCCCUAUCGCAUAAGGCAUCGGAAGCUUCUCACGAGAACACAAGGCUAAUGACUGUAGUCAUAGACAUCGAUGUUACUCAUGUUAGCAACCACACUAAAGCAAUUUGCAAGCGAAACAGUUUAUAUGAACUGGGUUUUCGUUCAUCUUAGAUGAACUAAAGAUUGGUUUAAAUUGCCAUUUUUUUUUUUUUUUGAAAUUUCUCUUUUGUAAUAUUGUGGCAAAUUGUAAAACUUAAUGAAAUUUUUUCCAGUCUUGCAAUGCACAUUAUGGAUGUAAUUUUCACAAAUAUAUUGUAGGUUUUGGUGCA